CUCUUACCACGAUCAUCUCUUCAGCGCUUAAACAGUUUUCUAUGUCUCAGCCUCCAGCAUCGCAGCCCUCCGGGACGGCGAUGAGCUCUACUCAACCACUACCUGGCGAAGAUCACGAGAUGUCGCCGAAUGGCCUUGACGAGGCCCCUCUCGACACCCCCGACGACGAAAUAUUGUCGGCCUGCGGUAAUGAUCUCGCGACGAAACUUGGACGCCUGUCCAACAGCCUCUACGACCGCAGGGACAUCACUGCCGAGGAGAUCCUCGGCACCCUUAGCAAACUCAUGGACCUAACCUCUCUAACCAUCCACGACCUCGGCAUCGCCAAAGUCUCCCUCCUCGGUCCUACCUUCGAUACUAUCGUCGGUGAGGCUGAUUCAUUUACCUCUCACCUGAUCUCGAUGCGAGGAGGACCGGCACAACCGGCCUCCAAGAAAGCUCGCAUCGACGACACGCCGAGCGAUGUCAUCGCCGACGCAGUCAAGGGCGCCCUUGGCCCUAUCAUGUCCGAUAUCAUGAGGCGUUUCAACCGCCUCGAGGAUGAAGUGCGGCGCAAGCCUGCCUCACGCUCCACACGUGCACACCCCGAUGCUGCUCGCGAUACCACGCCGCCGCUUAGCUACAGUCAGGCUACGACAGCUGCGUCCGCCACCCCUAACAAGGGAAAGCAGGCGCCAGCUAAGGCGAAACCCCAGGCGCCUGUUAAGAAGGCUGCCACGUUCAAACCCACGCUGCUCUCUCUGACGGAGGAGCAAUACGUGAGGUUACAUAAACUCGGUGGCCCCGCCAUCACACGUACUGUUUGCAAUGCGCUGCGCGCCAAACCCUCUUUCGCGAGGGUGACGCUGCAUGCUGUCACAUUUUCUCCGGCUCGUAAGCUCGUGUUCCAGUGGGCGCUCGACACCCCACAAGCCCUGAUCACCGAAUCCGCGCCCAUCGUGCGCACCGUACUGGACGUCCCUGCCCCAGCGGUGGGAGGCCAGUCGGACAUGCGCCCGGUAGUGCAGUGGACCAAAUUCUUCAUCCCCGGUUCGGUCAUACGGGCCACGCCUGGCGAUCAGCCGUAUUCUCCUGAAGCGCUGUGCGCCCAUCUUCAGACCAACCCUGCGUUGGCACAUGCACACUUCUCCAUCAUGCCCCGUUUCCUGUGUCCCGUCGAUCAACUGGGGUCGCGCGAUCGCGCUCCAAUUAUGUUCGCUGUUGAGGACCCCUCUGGGACGAUCAAGUCAUCGCUCCUGGGCAAGGGGGCCCGCUUCGUGUUUUUGGACUGUCAACGACUUUCUGUAAAAGAGUACACCGACCGCCCCAUCUUUGCGCAGUGCACGCACUGCUGGAAGAUGGGCCACCAACCGCAAACCGGCCUGCCGGCUGUGCGGCAGUUUGAACCAUCGCGAGGAUGCGCACAGUGA